CGCAACUUGGAUCUUAGGUGGCCUUUGAGUUGGCACUCUCUUCAUCUUCGUCGGCGGGCUGGAGGACACCGGGUUCAUAUGCAAGUGUGGUGGCCAAUCCGACCAGCAUCCAACUCAACCGGUCUGAUCUUUUAGUGGGUUCGAAGACAUCUUCACGCCAUCGGAUGGUGGCUUCGCUGUUGCGAUCUUGUGGCAUAAACGUGUCGUCUACAGUUGGAGCAAGGCUCGCAUCCCAACUAUCAUUUUCCGGUGGGAAAUGCAGCGCUCUAGGGUGCCAAUCUGUAAUCAACAACAGUACCUAUAUACUGCCCAAACGUCCGACUCUUGGCGAUGCUGUACUUCUCGGAUCCGAAGGUUAUACGCUGCACGAUAUGCUCGACAUGUCGCCAUAGUCGGGCAUGGAUGUAGUCUGCUCAGACAGCCCCGCCCGCAAUGGCUCUUCUAGAAUGAGUCGCCAGUGAUUCGCCAUAUCGGGAUUCGUGAUCCCGCCAGUUUGAUCGCCGUUUGGUGCCCAUCGUCUGCACCUUAUACGUCUUGUCCUACAUUGAUCGCGGGAAUAUCGGAAAUGCAAAGACUGCAGAUGCCCAGGAUGACCUUGGUCCAUCCAGUGCACCGUGGACCUGGGUGCUGAAUGCCUUUUAUAUCGCAUAUGUUCUCUUUGGAUGGGUAAGUCUCGGUUGUGGUGGUUGUCGGGCAAAAAAGAAAGUAACUGACGAGAUGCGGCCCGACCACACUUCUGGGGAAAAUCUUUCCUGCACACAUCUACGUCGCUUGCCUGUGUCUGUUGUGGGGAGUUUGUGCCAUGUGUUCCGGAGCCUCGACCAAGAUGAGCGAGCUGGUGGUGUGCCGUAUCUGCUGGGGAUAUUCGAGGCCAGCUUCGGCGCCAGAGCGCCAUAUUUUCUCUCCCUCUUCUACCAACGCGGCGAGCUAGCCUUUCGGACUUCCAUCUUGUUGGGCAUGUCUCCCUUGGCCAACUGCUUCGCCGCCGCCCUCGCACUACGGUCUGACGCACGCCAAACAUUCCAGCGUGGCGCUGUGGAGGCUUCUCUUGCUCGUCGAGGAGCUCCAACCAUCCUGUUUGCACCCGUCGUCUUCUUUUUCCUUCCCGAUUCACCUGGCUCGGCCAAGCUCCUCAACGAGGAUGCGCAGACGCACGCCGUGGAGCGACUACAGACCCGUGACCACACCGCGAAGCACCGGAUCCAAUGGCAACAACUUUUUGCCGGGUUGACCGAUUACCGCAACGUCGUCCACACUCUGAUCCAUUUCAUGUGCAACUAUUCAUUUGCAGGGCUGUCAAACUUGCUGCCCACCAUCGUCCAAGGACUGGGCUACUCGAGCAUCAAUGCUCAGGGUCUCACCGCGCCCGUCUACUUUGCCUCUUUCUUGCUCUGUGUGACGGCGGCGCUGGUUAGCGACAGGUGGGGCCGACGCGGCUUCAUCGUCGCCGCUGCUGCCAGUGUCAGAUGCAUCGGAUACCUGCUGCUGGCCACUGUUGAAGACAAUCCUCACGUUCGCUACCUCGGCGUCUGGCUCGCCGUUUGUGGAAUCUUCCCAGCGUUAUGUAUCAACAUCACAUGGCUCCUCAAUAACAACAGCAGCGAGUCCAAGCGUGGUGCAGGCCUGGCGGUCCUUGCAACAUUUGGCCAGUGCAGCUCCUUCCUGAGCUCGGCCGUAUUUCCCAAGGAAGAUGCACCUCAUUACAGUAAGGGUUGCGCAAUCGGUUGCGGCUUUGCCGGCGCGAUCAUCAUCCUCUCCCCGGGGACUCUAUUUCCGCCUUCGUCACAUCAACAAGAAGAAGGACGCCUUGCAUGGAGCCGUGGAAGAUGACCAGCAAUUCGAUGUGACCACGCUCGGAGACUCGCACCCGGCGUCUAGGUUCCUCCUUUGAAGGAAGAGCCAACACUAUGUCCGAAUAUCCUGGCGGCGUGCGGGCAGGGAUUGUAGCCUGUGAGAAUUUUCGUACUCCCAGUUUUCGCCAAAAGCUUUUUGCCAAGCGCUGUGAAGAGGUAUACAAGAGCAGAAGUGAUGAGAUGGUCACGAGCUUCAUCAGCCUGGCAGCAGAGCACUCUCCGAUUAGCUCGCGUCGAGGGCUUGAGUGGCAGAGAUCAAUGUAACCCGAGAUAUGUUAUCCAUCUUAGCCACUGCAUUAAUGGUAUCUUCAUUCCUCCAAGUUGCAAA